AUGAAGGAGCACGGUGGCAGCAUCGUCAACAUCAUCAUCGUCUUGGACAAGGGCAAUCCGUGCUUGGCACACAGUGCUGCCGCUCGUGCAGGCAUUGAAAGUCUGUCCAAGUCGCUAUCGGUGGAAUGGGCUUCGUCCGGCAUCACUCUCAACUGCGUUGCUCCGGGUAUCAUCCUCUCAAGUUGUGUGGAGAACUACCCUAGCGGAGCUGAGAUGCUCGUAUAUGCGGCCGAAAAGGCCACUGCAGCAAAGAGAAUGGGCAGCGUUGAAGAGGUCUCCGCUAGCGUGCUCUACUAUUUGUCUCCUGCUGGCGCCUACGUGACCGGCGACACCAUGCAUGUGGACGGGGGCUGGCAUCUUAUGGGUCCGCUUCUCGACGUACCAGAGCACGAAAACAACCGCUCGUACGGCACCUGCAAGCUGUAG